AUGUCGCAGCCUGAGACAUACGACAUUGUAGUCUACGGCUCAACAUCCGGCGCCGUCGCGACGGCCAUUCAAGCCUCACGGCUCGGGAGGUCAGUCGCGUUGGUCUCACCGCAGGAACACAUCGGUGGCAUCCAGAUUAAUGGCCUCGGCGCCACAGAUAUCGACAACCAGGCCGAGUUCCAGAACAGCACUACGCUGGGCGGGCUGAAUCUCGAGCUUCACCAGAGGAUUAGUCGUCACUAUGGCCGUCUGGACAGGCUGAACGAGGUUGUUGAGAAGAAGCUCAAGGAUCCUGAUGUCUGGAGGUUUGAGGCUAGGGUUGCGGAGCAGGUGAUCAAGGACUGGUUGGCUGAGAACCCGUCGACUACCGUCAUCAACUCGAGGCUCGUCGAGAAAGAUGCCGUUGAGAAGGAUGGAACGACUAUUCGGGCGAUCCGUCUCGAGAAUGGCCAGACGAUAGCCGGAAAGACCCAGAUCUUCGUCGAGGCAAGCUAUGAGGGCGACCUUCUCGCCGCCGCCUCGAUAUCAUGGACCCACGGCCGCGAAUCCUCGGCGACGUACAGCGAAUCCCUGGCCGGCGUCCGCGCGGAGACGCUCUACCGCCAAAUCGACGUCGACAUCGACCCGUACAUCACACCCGGGGACUCCUCCAGCGGCCUGCUCUACGGCAUCUCCCCGGAAGCCUUUGGCAACCCCGGCGACGGAGAUUUGCAUCUUCAAUCGUACUCGUACCGCAUGCCGCUAACCGACGACCCAGAAAACCGCGUGCCCUUCACCGAGCCAGAGGGGUAUGAUCCUGCAUGGUAUGAAUUGCACAGACGGUUCUUGAAGGCUGGAGGGGAGAUGUAUGUGCCAAAGAAGAGGUUGCCAGGAGAAAAGACGGACUUGAUCGGAAGCGAGGGGGCAUUAUCGACGGACUUGCUUGGUAUGAACGACGAGUGGCCUGUGGCAGGGUAUGAAGGGCGAAAGAGAAUACUGAAGGACACAGCGGACUUCACGAAGGGAUUCUUUUGGUUCUUGGCGACGGACGAGUCAGUCCCGGUAGGUUUGGCUGUCCUCCUGAAGUAA